AUGCAGUAUGAAGGCCAAUUCUCGGAUCUCGUUGUAUCAUAUGGUGUCAAAACAGUUAGUGAUAUAACUGUGCCUGUUUGCAGGCCUUCAUCACUUCAAUGUUGCACAGAAAAUGUAUUUGUAUACUCAUCUCCAAAAUACAUUGCAACAAUUUCUUAUGGAAUACUGGAUCAGUAUAAUUACAAAUUGAAUGCGAUUUUAUUCAUUGACGACUUAAAUAUAUAUGCGGGGAUCACACAAGGGACUCCUUACUUGAUUUUUUAUGAUAAUGUCAAAGGGUUACCCCAAAUUUCAGAAGAAUUUAGAAUAGAUAUGACAACUUGUGAAUCUUUAUUUUAUUUCCAGGGGAAAAUACUUGUACUAGGAACAAAUCUUAAUGUAUAUGAUAUUUCUAUCCAUCAAUCACUAGAAUACAAAGAUCAUCCAAUUGAUAUAACAAAAUUAUUCACUUUUAAUUUUCCUCAAGUUAAAUUAUUUCAAAAAGUGUAUUAUGAUGAAUUCUAUAAUAGAUUUGUAAUACCAACACUCCAUGGUUUUUCGGUAAUUACUCUUGAUGGGCAAGUAGUUUUUGAAGAUUACAAUUUAACUCUGAAUUUUGCCAAAUCAUCAUCAUGCUUCAUAUGCAAACCCAAAAACUUCGUAAAGAGUACUGUUCAAAGAGAACCAUUUAAGAAACUUGCAAUUUUAAAUCCAGAUGGAUCAAUAAAUAUUUACAAUAGAAUACUACAGAUAGCAAAAUCAAUAUCUUUACCAGGAGUUAUAUUUAAUUAUUUAGAGUUUAUUUCAAACCAAUUUAUUUUACUAUUGACAGAUUUUGAAAUAUACAUUUUAGACAUAAAGACACUAAACUUUUUGAAAGUUUACACAUUAAAAGAGAAAUAUGAAGCAAUUUCAUAUAACAAAGAUCUCAAACACCUAGUUUUGAUGUCUAAUACAAAAUUUUAUUCAUUUGCUAUCAACAUUCCUUGGAUUUUAUGGAAAGGUUUUACAUCAUCCAUUAAUUUGAUUAAACUUCAGAUCUCUUCUCAGACGUCACCAAAGAUUUGCUUUCUCCAUGAAAAUUUAUUUCUGACAUUUGCUAACCCUGAUACAGCGAAAGUAACUUCUUCGAUGGGAAUAUCUGGACGAGAUCAGAUUAUCAACAUCAUCUAUGAUAGAGGUGUAGCUUAUGAAAAUGAUCAAUUUUAUUCCACCGGAACAUCCGAUAUUCUGAGUUUUGAAACAAUGACUGAAAAACUCUUCAUUUUCAGAGACAAUUAUACCAUCGAACAAUAUCAAUCCAUAGACGAAGCUGAAUUUAUUCAUUUGAGCAAUUUACCAGUUCCAACGAAAGCUAUGUGUAUUGGAAUAUACAAAGACAUUCCUUGUAUAUACUGCGUAUCAAAGAAAGGAGAUUUGCUUUCUUAUAAAUAUGAAAAUUUGGAACAAAUGAGUAGAUCGAAAUUAAAAUAUACAGAUGUAAUUAGUAUCCAUUAUCAUUACAGUACAAAUAGAUUGUGGCUAGCUUUCCAAAACUGUUUAACUGUUUUUGAUCCCACUUUAAUGAGCGUAAUCAGAGAUAUUCCAGAAAAAGAUAUAUAUCUAGCUGAGUUCGAAGGUUCAUAUUUAUUCCUUGCUAACAAUGAAAAGGUUCAGAUCUUUAAUUUACAAACAGAUUUUGAUCUUUGUUUGGAAUUUCCCAUUUCAGAUAAAAUCAAAGGAGUGUCACUGCUAAAGGAAUCUUUUGUUUGCUACACAUCAGAAAACAUGGUGAUUUUCGGAAAACCAUCCCAACUAAUCGGCAGACUACAAUCUCCUUUCGAAAUAAAUUCGAUUUAUUUGCUAAAUUCCAAAUUUGAUAUACUUAUUAGUAUUGGAAAAUAUGUGAUGAUUUUCCAUGCAUUAGAGUUCUAUCCAAACUUAUAUUUGCAGUUAACAAAUUCUGUUUCUAGAAGAGAGCAGAGAAUUCUAAACAAAAUCAGUCGAAAGCAAUCACGAAAGACACAGAGGUCUGAGAAAGUGAAAAACUACAAUGAAACUGACAGAAAUCAAAUAUUGAAUGAGAUUACGGCUAUAGAGAACAAAGGAUUCAAAGAAAAGCUUAAGGAGCAAACAAAUAACAAGGAUGCAAUAAAGAAGAAGUUGAAGGUCGAGGAAGAGGAAAAGAGAAAACAAACAGAGGAGAAAAUUUCAAUGAAAUUCGAGUCAAGAAAGCAGUUAAAGGGAAUUCUUCAUCAUUUGCUUUCAUCUAAAGAUAUUCCUUCUGAAGGGAAACUUGAUAAAGUUAAAGGAUCCAGAUCACAGCCAAUUAACUUAGUGUUGUCUAACCAAACAAAUGAUUCUUGCUUAACUGAAGAUGACCAAAAAUCGAAUUUCUUCACAACAGAAGUUUCAUCCCAAAAAUCAGAUGAAAAGAAAGUCUUAUUUCAGACUUCAUCUGAGUGCCAUCAUGUCCAAACACCAUCUUUAAGUAGCAACAUGCAAAGCCCAAGAACAAAGAGAAAUAAAUCUUUCAUGCAAACAAUUUGCUCAGAUAAUGGUCAGCAUAAAUUUAUACAAAAAUUCGAUGAACAAUUAAUUGAGAUUUCAGAUUCCCAAAUAAACAAUGUAAAUUUUGAAAACAAGUAUCAAAUAUAUGAAAAAAAUCAACAAAAUAAAGGAAAAACAAAUCAAUUUAAAGAAUUAACAAAUGAUCAAGACAAAGAAUUAACAAAUGAUCAAGACAAAGAAUUAACAAAUGAUCAAGACAAAGAAUUAACAAAUGAUCAAGACAAAGAAUUAACAAAUGAUCAAGACAAAGAAUUAACAAAUGAUCAAGACAAAGAAUUAACAAAUGAUCAAGACAAAGAAUUAACAAAUGAUCAAUUAAAAGAUGAACUGAUUGAUCAAGACAAAGAAUUAACAAAUGAUCAAGACAAAGAAUUAACAAAUGAUCAAUUAAAAGAUGAACUGAUUGAUCAAGACAGUGAAAUAACCCUUAGUUACUCUAAAGUAAAUUUUCACAAAACAGGCGAAACAACUUUACAAAACAUUACACAAUUAAGUCGAAAUAAAAAUCAGAAUUGUGACUACAAUUCUCAAGGAGAAAUUCAAAAUAAUAAAGAAAUUAUUGCAAAUGAAACUUAUAAAAAUAUUGAACGAAAUCAAAGUAAUGAAUUCAAUUUUAAUCAAAGAAAGGUAGAAAAUACAAUGCAAAGUUUUAAAAAAUUUAAACAAAACAAACUAGCUAAUCAAUCUACAUACAAUUUUCAAGAAAAUUCUUUUGAAGAAACACAAAAUAACACAGAAAUGCUAAAAACAAAGGCAUUUGAUAAAAAUAAAUAUAUGUCAUUUUCUCCUCAAAAUGAAAUCUCAGAAUGCGGAAUAAACUCAAAUGUUACUUAUGAGUUUGAACCAAAACAAGUUAGAAAAUAUCCAGAAAGUUCAGCUAACAAAAAUUUAACCAAUAAAUUCGAUCAUAUUCCACAAAUUGAUAAACAAACCAAUAAAAUUUGCCAAAAUUAUACUUCUGAAUGGCAAGAAGGCAAAAAUGCAGCCGAAAUGAAUCAAAGUUACGAAGAAAGAACACCAAUUCAACUUAUUAAUAGAAGAAUUACGUACGAUGGAUUUAUUCCUGACAAUGAAAAUACAUGUCAAGCUGUGCACAUCCAGAAUCAUAACACAUUAAAAAGGAGAUACUCUGUUGGCCAAUACCAAAAGGGAUACAGUGAAAUUCUCCAUGAGCAAGAAAUAACUGAAACACCAAAUAACGAAAAUUUAGAAACAGAAGAUGAUAUUGUCACAGAUGCUGCAGAUCUAAUGUCCCAAAUUGAAAUGGCAAACAGAAGGAUUGACACUGAAUUCACAAAGGAUUUAGAAUACAAGAAGCUUCCGUCACUUCAAACACUUGAGCAGCCAUCUCACAACAAAAUAUAUAAAUUUGACUUAUCUCCAAGAAGUAAAUUCCUGACAACGCCAGCUGAUGAUGAAACGCCCCUUUAUUCAGUGAAUAGCAUUCCUCCACAUAAAAGAAGUGAACAUCCUAGGAAAGUAUCUUUUGAUCCUAAUGGCAUUCCUCCUCCAGAUCCACAUCAAUCUCCUCUCUACAGGGUAAUUAGUAACUACAAAGCUCCAUCGAGAAGAAACCAGAGACGGUCAAGAGUUUCCAGACAAACACUGAUACAAAUGAUGUUUCCCAGCAGGAAUAAGCAGAGGACUCCAUUAAGCCCUAUUGGAGGCCGUGGAAUCAAUAAUCAAAUUCAAAAACAAAAUCGAAUUAUGGACUUGAAUUUAAUGAAAAACAUUGUGAAUCAAAAUAGACAGCGAAAACUCAAGAAAUCUGACCAAAAUACAGGAAAUCAUCCUUUAGAUAAAAUGUUUAAAAUUAUUCAACCAAAAUCAGAGAACUUUUCUCAAAAGUUCUUUAAGCGAAAAUAA